AUGUUACAUCGCUGUCGUCUAUUAUGGUCUGCUGACUACCGGACAUCGUCGAAGAUAGCGGACGAGUUCAACAACAUCCUCAAUCGCAGCGGUUGGAACUUCGAUCAUGUCGCCAUUGAUGUCGGCAACCUUGCGGGCGCCGCAGGUCGUCUGACGCGCGAUCUCAUUGGACAGGAGCGUGACGCGGAGUCCGUCAAGAUUCUCCACCGGCAGAUCACAAACGUCAUUCUGCGCCGCAUUCAGCCAAAGAAGUCACUUGCGAUAUUCUUUGAUGGCAGUGAGCCGCUAUGGAAGGUGCGGCACAUGCGACUCUACCCGGGAAAGAAGUUCGAGGGGAAGUUCUACCGUAGUGCCGCCUCGCCGAUGGUGUACCUGCUGGAGGAGAAGCUGCGCCAUGUUGCCGUUGACCUACGCACGCCGCCGAGGGAGUUUGUUGUGAGCGGUGCUGCCGUUCCUGGCCCAGUAGAGGGCAAAAUGUCGGCGUGGAUGCUCGAUCUCGCUACACGUUCACUGCCAGAUGGUGCCAUCUCUUCUACUCCUUCCUCUACACCAUCGGGGCCGGCGGAGGUUACUGUCAAUGACACCUUUUGUCUCAUUGGGGGGACCGAUUUGUUCCUCUCCGCUCUCGGUGCCACGCCGUUCCACAACAUCACCACUGUGACACUGCAGCAGGGCGAGUUGAAGUCUCUUUCCCUAAGUGAGUCUCUUGAGUGGCUUGCCAUGGAUCACUUGUUAAAGGGUGAGGCUGGUGUCGCCGGGGGCCAGGAUGUUGCACGUCAAGAGUUGCAGAGGCGUCUCGCGUCGGUACGAACUGACAUUGUAUUCUUAUACCUGAUGGCAAACGGCAUCAGUGCGACAGAUCUAAGCGGUCUAGGUGUCAACUUUAAGGACUUAAUGGAAGCCUACACUGCGGAGGAGGCUGCAGGAGCUGGUAGUGGAAACCUUUUCGAAGACAUACCGAACUGCCCAUCUUUGUUGCUUCGCCCUACCGUGCUUAAGAGGGUGAUGACACGUGCACUACGCAAGACGGUGCCAUCGCCUCGGCCGUGCAGACAAUCCGCUGAUUAUCUUGAAGUCCUUCUGCAGACCCACGAGAUGAUCUGUAAUGGGGGUAUAAAGAACUAUCGCUGGACCCCGGAUGACAACGAUAAUGUCCCAGAGAAACCUCCUAAAAUUUUGCUUGAGCGCUUUAUCGGACAUCUUAAGCAUCUCGCUGCAGCACAGGCUGAGGCGAAGACAAUGACUGUGGGUGACAAGGAGUCAGUGCCUGCUGCUUCAGUUGCUUCUUCGGGCAUGUCAGCAUCUGUCGACUGUACAUUUGCUUUGACAGGAAUGGAGGCGCUACUUUUGAGUGCUCCCAAGGCGGAGAUGAUUGAGCAGAUUAUUCCUGUUUUCACAAAAGGCCACACACUACCUGCGGGCAUCGCAGAAGACAUUGUAGGCACGAAAAACGUCCUUGAGGCGCUCAGAAAGUCACGGAGCAUCCUGCAGGUAUUAUCUGGCAGUGAUUCGGGUGAUGAUGGUGGCGGCGUCAAGGAGCACCCAGCGCUGCAGCACUACCCAUCGCAUUAUUUCGUGCGCAUGCCGGGCUCCCGUGGACCGCCAGCGGGGUGGGCAUACAAGAGCAUUAACUUGGGCAUGCGUGCAGCGGCGCUUGACGUGCGAUACCGUACCGGUGUGGGGUCGUCGGCGGCAGCGUCGCGCGUGUUGGACGCCACUGGUGUAGCUGCAAAGGACACGCUAUUUGUGUACACCACCACUGUCUCAGAAAAAGACGGCGGUUGGCGCGAGACGCCGUGUAGGGAGUUGCAUGCGCCAAACGCCACACCCUCUCCGGGGGAACUCUCGACGUUGCGUGUGGUUACGUGGAACGUGCAGUUCGGCCGGCACAGCGGCGAGCGCACCCCGUUGGGUCGCGAGGGGAUUGACUGGUGUACACCGACGCGUUACGUCGCGCUUGCCAAGACGCUGGAGGCCCUCGAUGCGGACGUGAUUGGCAUGCAGGAGGUGGAGCCGGCCUGGUGGAAGUAUCUUGCGGAGCAGCCGUGGGUACGGGGGCGCUACGCUCUCUCGUGCAGCGAGGACAGUCAUGCCAUCCGCCCUUGGGGAGUCAUGAUGCUAGUCAAACGGCAUCUCUGCGUGGAGGCUGUGCAUCACGCCAACGUUCCCGCUUUCUCGGGCCACACAAGUGUGAUGCCAGAAGUCACCAUCACGGUCUCCAAGAGUGUCCCCGUGACGAUUGGUUCAAUGCACCUGCUCGCGCCGUACAGUCAGAACAACAUUAGCAACCGCACGACACAACUUGAAAAUCUCACCAAGCGGAUGCGGACCCGUUCUUGUAGUAGUGGUGUGCCGACAGGUGCGAUUAUCAUGGGUGACUUCAACGACUGUGCAAAGAAUUGUUUCACGUUUCCACCCGAACUGGGCUUCAAGGACACCUGGGAGCUACUGCAUCCAGAGGACAGGGGCACAGAGGGGUAUACCAUUGACGGAACCCGAAAUCUGUACGCAGCUCAGAUUAUCGAGCGAGAGUUUUUCGGUCGCGCGGAUCGCGUGCUGUUUUCAUCGCGUCACUUGCAGCCGAUUCACACGGAGCUCGUCGGCACUACUUCCGUGCGUGGGCUUGGAGUUACGAAGCAGGUAGACUGCGACAAAGAAGUCCCUGACCACCUAUUUCCAUCUGACCACUUUGGUCUCCUUGUUGAGUUUCAGGUAGUAUGA